AUGAACUACAUGGGGCAGCUGGCGGAGACUGUGUUCGGCACGGUGAAGGGCCUGUACCGGGGCCUGAACCCGGCCACGCUGAGUGGGGGCAUCGAUGUGCUGGUGGUGAGGCAGGUGGACGGCUCCUUCCGAUGCUCGCCCUUCCACGUGCGCUUUGGCAAGCUGGGCGUCCUGCGCUCGCGGGAGAAGGUGGUGGACAUCGAGAUCAACGGGGAGCCCGUGGACCUGCACAUGAAGCUGGGGGACAGCGGGGAGGCCUUCUUCGUCCAGGAGCUGGAGAGCGAUGAGGAAGACGUGCCUCCCCGCCUGUGCACGUCACCCAUCCCUUGGGGGGGCCUGGCGGGGUUCCCUUCGGACUCCCCGCUGGGCACCACCAGCGAGCCUGACGCCAGCAUCGCGGGCAUGGCUCCCACUGGGCGGAAGAAGAAACGGCGCAGGAGGAAGACCAAGCGGAAGGAGGACGCGGUGGCCGCCGAUUCUAGUUCAGAGGAGCUGGAGGCAGGCACUGAGAGUGACCCAUCCCUGCUGGAAAAGCCAAGGCCGGAGCCCCCGGGCAGCAUCCAGCCGGAAGGGGAGUCCUCACCGGAGCCCAAAGACAUCUACCCCUACUCUGACGGCGAGUGGCACCCCCAGGCCAGCCUCUCACAGGGUGAGCUAACAUCUCCCAAGAGUGACUCCGAGCUGGAACUGCGGAGCCCCGAACCCAGCCCCCUGAGAGCGGAGUCCCACAUGCAGUGGGCCUGGGGGAGGCUGCCAAAGGUGGGCAAAGCUGAAUGGUCCGAGUCCUCGGUGGUCGCUGAUGCCAAUUCCAGGAUAGCCUCUCCGCCUAAGGGGGCGCCCAGCACCCCCUCCGCCUCUGUGAUUGGCGUGGACCCUCCGGGACCCCCAACCCUGCAGACAGGGGCUGGCACUGACCUUCAGCCUGACACGGAGGCGCCCGCUCUGGCGGGUCCCCCUCUCUCUGCCCCUGAGAGGGAGGAAACCAAGACUCAGAGUUUGGGGGAUGCGGGCCCCCGUCCUCCGUCCAAAUCCUGGAGCUGGGCUGCUUUGGAAGACCCCACUCACACCCGCAAGCCAGAGGGGGUGUCCCAGAGGAAAGGUUCCCUGAAGAGAAGCCAGCACCUGGGCCCCAGUGACAUCUACCUGGAUGACCUGCCCUCCCUGGACUCUGAGAACGCAGCCCUUUACUUCCCCCAGAGCAGCGGUGGGCUGGGGGCCAGGAAGUGGAGUGCUCCUGACAGCGUGAAGCCGCUGGGGGACUGCAACCCCGAGCAGGAGCCAGAGCCCGCUGCGGACACAGCAGGCCCCGUGGUGCUGUCCCUCUGUGGGGGCCUGGCCGACGGCAGGGCCGUCUCCGCGGAGAAGUUCAACCAGCACAUGGUCUCCUACCAGGACCUCGCCCGAAACCCCGGCCUGCUGGACAACCCGAACCUGGUGGUGAAGAUCAACGAGCAGCAUUAUAACUGGGCUGUAGCUGCGCCCAUGAUCCUGUCCCUGCAGGCCUUUCAGAAAAACUUACCCAAGAGCACCGUGGACAAGCUGGAGAAGGAGAAGAUGCCCCGGAAGGGAGGCCGGUGGUGGUUUUCCUGGCGACGCAGGGAUUUCCCGGCCAAGGAGUGCAGCGCCCAGAGGGAGAAAACCACAGCCCGGGAGCAGCAGGGGGAGAAGACAGAAGCCCUGAGCAGUGAGGAUGACACUCUGGACAGCCCCGUCAUCCUGGAGGCCCCCUCCCUGCCCCCCUCGCCCCCAGCCCACGCCCCUGCCUACAAGAAGUCCCUCCGCCUCUCCUCCAGUCAGAUCCGGCGCCUGAACCUGCAGGAAGGUGCCAACGAUGUGGUCUUCAGUGUGACCACCCAGUACCAGGGCACCUGCCGCUGCAGGGCCACCAUCUACCUGUGGAAGUGGGACGACAAGGUGGUCAUCUCCGACAUUGACGGCACCAUCACCAAGUCGGACGCGCUGGGCCACAUCCUGCCCCAACUGGGGAAAGACUGGACACAUCAGGGCAUCACCAGUCUCUACCACAAAAUCCACCUAAACGGGUACAAGUUCCUAUACUGCUCGGCACGGGCCAUCGGCAUGGCCAACCUCACCAAAGGGUACCUGCAGUGGGUGAGCGAGGCGGGCUGCGGCCUCCCCAAGGGCCCCAUCCUGCUGUCCCCCAGCAGCCUCUUCUCCGCCCUGCACAGGGAGGUGAUAGAGAGGAAGCCGGAGGUGUUCAAGAUCGCCUGCCUGAGUGAUGUCCAGCAGCUCUUUCUGCCCCAGCAACAGCCCUUCUAUGCCGCCUUUGGGAACAGGCCCAAUGAUGUCACUGCCUACCGGCAGGUCGGCCUGCCCACCUGCCGCAUCUUCACGGUCAACCCCCGGGGAGAGCUCAGCCAGGAGCUGAUGAAGAACCACAAGUCCACGUACGAGCGGCUCAGCGAGGUGGUCGAACUCCUCUUCCCGCCCGUGGCCCGCGGCCCCAGCACAGACCUGGCCCACCCUGAAUACAGCAACUUCUGCUACUGGCGGGAGCCACUGGCCCCCGUGGACCUUGAUGCCUUGGCCUGA